AUGGAAGUUUUCAUCUUAUGCUUUGCAGGAGAAUAUCUGAAUUUCAAGAGUAAAUCAAUCGCCAAUGCAGCAUAUGAAUCAUUAUGGUACAAUUUACUGUCAAAUCAAAAGAAAACUAUAAUAUUCGUAAUAAUGAGAUCUCAAAAACAAAUCAUGAUCACGGCAGGGAGAAUCACGAAUUUAUCUUUGGAAACUUUCACGAGGAUCUUAAAAACGUCAGCAUCAUACGUAUCUGUUUUACAUGCGAUGUAUUGA